GACAACUGUUAGCAAUGCUGAUCUCCUGUGCUUACAUGCAACAUGAUACGCUCAUGUAGUCGGAACAAAUCAUGAGAAUAUCUCAUGACCUGCAGUGCCACCCACCCAGCAAACACGGCGCACUCAUGCGCAUCUCGUCUUGUUUUUGUCGCUUCAAAUUCUUCUCAAGUAACCCAAGAUGAUAUUACCACAGCUACUCCUGCUUCUUGUUCUCUGCUGGGGCUUAUCGACAUCGGCAAAUGAACCGAUCGCGACCAGCCCGUCUCAGGAAAGCGCUCGACAGAAUGCCUUCAGCAUAUUUAACUCGAUCCACUCGGCCAUGCGGCAAUGGGGCUCAUCACUACACCACAACGGCAUUUCCAUGAUUCCCGCCACAAUUCCAAAAGGGAGCCUAUUUUAUCAUGGCGGGCCCAGUAGUCAAACACCGCCUGGCCCGGAGUGGCUUGCGUUUGACAUCGAGCAUUCAGAAGCCUUUGCCUGGUCCUUCCCGCCAUUAAAAGAUGACCAGCACCUCUUUGAAGAUAGAGAUGAACAGAAAUCAAUACACUCCCAACAUGAAAAUGUCCACCUGCAACCUCCAAGUCAUCCUAUCAGAGGCUACUUGCACACAUACCAAGCCACCCGCGACCUCAACCUACUCUAUGUGGACGGUAUGAGCGCCGGCAAGUCCUACAUGGGAACAUUGGACACGCAAGACCUCAUCUUGAGGUUGCUGAACAAUACCGACAAGGGAGCCCUCCGGGAACUGGAACGAGCCAGAGAACUCUGCGACCACGUCACGGAAUGGGGGUAUGAUGGACUCAUCCGCAUGGAAAUCGGAUUUGAAGUCAUUUACUGCAAUUUUAUUUAUGGUCUGGAGCUCAUAGGCAUGGUGAGGCGCCCCUUUAUGAAAGUGGUGCAUGAUGAUGAGAUUCAUUCUGGCAGUAGUCUCUUCAUAUGGGCGCGCGCGGUGGGACAGCGGUAUGACGGGUUUACUGGGGGUAUGGUUCGGCUUGAUUUUUCAAGGAUGGUGUCAGCGUACUUUUACCCGGUCAAUAUCACGAAUCCCGAUCCCAAUGCCCAGGAGUUGCCGCGGCUUAUAUCGAGUACUUUCGAGGAACGAAGGCAAAUCUACUACCGCGUGCGUGAGGUUUCUUUGCGAGGGAAAAGAUCUUCAAUCGAGUGGCAGACUAUCGUCGACGCCAUCAUUACCCGGUACGCUGACCGACUGGAUAUGAUGACGCUUCCGUCUAUCUACCCUAGUCAAUUUGUCCAUGAGUUAUUCAGAGUGACGGACACAUACUGGGAUUUCCCCAGCGAGCCAGAUGAUGUGAACAUGAAAAACGACGAUGAGAUCAGGAGAGACCACGAAGCACGUGGAAGAUGCUCGGAACAUUACUUACAGCCAGUCGAAGGUCUCAGGGCGGGUUUCACGCCAGAGGACGAGGUGAUAUAUACCGCAAUCAAGAAGGUUCUUCGAUACAUAUGCGAGUCCCUUUUCACCACCCGACAUGACAUCCAAAUAGCUCUCUCCCAAGCACCCGACGAGAAGGCACUUCAGGCUGCCAUUGAAAAAAGUCAACAAACAAUCAGCAAACUGAUGAGGUAUCUGGAUUGGAGUCGCUGGAGGAAGUGUCGGGGGUGCCCGGUUGGUAUGAUUUGCUUCGUGGCUAUGUGGCCGUACGGGAAGAAAAUCGACCAUUACAAGCCGGGCUGCCGGAAUGAGACGGAUUUGAAGUUUGAUCCUUAUGACAGCUACUGGGGUUUGGGAUACAGCUGAUACACAUGAUAACUACUGCGGCUUGGGUGUCUGGCUGCACCAGCAUUCGACCUCCAACGACUGUCUUUUCCAAUUGAUUUACUACAGCCAGUUGACUGAUUAUGGAUGAACUCUGAGCACCACAACAUUGGCAACAGCCAACUGAUAGAAUUUGAGGAGCGAACCCUCUGGCGUAUCAGCAACCGACUUACUUUUCUGUACUUAAGGCCCUUAUGGCUACCUUCACUCCUUUAUUAUUAUUAAAUACGCCGUAGGCUCGAAGCCCCCGGUACCUCUACCAGUAC